AAGCCCUUCUCAUGGACCAUGAGAAACAGUUCACUGGAUAGAAUACAACACUAGUGGAAGCUGCUACAAAGGUGACAUUCCAGUUAGGAUUUUUCUAAGCAAGAAUGGGUAACAAAUUCAGUUUUCCUUGCAAUUCCUUAAUUGCACAUUUUCACCCAACUACAUCUAGAUUAUUUUGAUGAAAAAAAAUCUUCCUACUACAUCAGGAGUAUGACUCUGAAUGCUGUUAGCCCUCAUGUAACCAUACACGAAGAAAUUUGUGGGCAAGACACAGUGUCUUCUGGUCAGGUAUUUAUAGCAAGUUAUUAAUGGGUAUGGACUUUGCAAGGAUCAUUUUUCAAUACAUCAAACGUCACACUUAGCUUUAACACUUAGAGUAAGAAGUCUUUUCUGUUUCGGAUGUGGAAGAAAGAAAUCUAAAAAUUGGAAGUUGUCUUCCAGUAUAGGAAACGAUUCAAUCCUGGGCAGUUUUAUAAUCUGAGAUACACAGUUUUAACAUGUAUAAUACUACAGAUACAUAUGAUGAUAUUGAUGAUGACAUCCAUACUCAGUACGUCAUUCAACAAAGUUUGCAGGACAGGCAUAAGAGUGAAUCAGUGGCUGCAGAAGAGAAUGACAGCUUACAUUUUGCUACAAGUGCAAAUCAUGAAAGAAUAAUUACUGCCAUUCGGAAAGGUGAAGAAGAUGCUUUGCUCAAGCUGAUGAGUAAUGGCUCUGCUUUCCAGGAAGCAGACCAACUAGGCUGCAUUCCUUUACACGAAGCUGCAGCACAACUGAACAAGAAUAUUUUAGAAAUAACCCUGAAAGCCUCACACCCCAUUGUGUGGCAACAGACAAAUCUGAAAGGAGAAACCCCUCUGUUUGUAGCAGUGGACAAAUGUUUUGUGCAAAAUGUUCAUUUUCUGCUGAUCAAUGGCUUCAGUCCUGAUAUUAAAAAUGAAGAAGGAGAUUCUGCUUUAAUUAUUGCAAUUAAACACAACUCGUAUGAAAUUGCCUCCUUGCUGAUAGAAUUCGGUGCCAAUCCCAAUCUCCAGUGUGUCAACAAGAGAACAGCUUUACAUGAGGCUGCCAGGCUAGGCUUAAAAUCCAUGGUGGAGCUUCUGCUUUGGUCCAAAGCAGAUCCAGAUCCACGAAGUUCGUACGGGCUCACGCCUCUAGCACUGGCAGCACAGAAUGGGCAUACACACAUUCUGCAAAUCUUACUUCAGAAAGGUGCCGAUGUUCUUUCCCAGGCAUCUGAUUGUGCAUCUAUAUUAUUUGAAGCUGCUGGAGGAGGAAAUCCAGAUUCUGUCUCUCUUCUACUAGAGUAUGGUGCUGACGCUAAUGUGCCAAAGCACUCAGGUCAUCUGCCUAUCCACAGAGCUGCUUAUAAAGGACACUACUUGGCUUUACAGAUAUUGGUUCCAGUGACAGAUUACACUGUUAUAAAGGAGAGUGGGAUCAGUCCAGUUCACUCAGCAGCAGCAGGAGGGCAUCCUCAGUGCCUUGAGUUCCUUCUCAAAUCUGGAUUUGAUGCCAAUUUUAUGUUGCAUCAGAGAAUUCGCAAAGGCUAUGAUGAUGAGAGAAAAUCGGCUUUGUAUUUUGCUGUUUCUAAUGGGGAUAUCAGCUCAGCUCAAUUGCUCCUGGAAGCGGGAGCCCUACCAAACCAAGACCCAGUUAACUGUCUCCAGGUGGCCUUGAGAAUGGGCAACUAUGAGCUCAUUAGUCUCCUGCUUCGCCAUGGGGCCAAUGUGAACUACUUCUGCAGGGUGAAUACAACACAUUUCCCAUCAGCUUUGCAGUACACAUUGAAAGAUGAAGUCAUGUUAAGGAUGUUGCUGAAUUAUGGCUACAACGUGUGUCGUUGCUUUGAUUGUCCUCAUGGAGACAGCAUACAUUCUCAGUACAUAUUUGAAGGGUGGACCUCCACUGUUAUCAAAGACACAAUGUUCUGUGAAGUGAUAACACUAUCCUGGUUAAGGCACCUCUCUGGAAAAGUAGUGCGUGUGAUGCUAGAUUAUGUUGAUCAUAUCAGCAUCUGCUGUAAGCUUCAAGCAGUUCUUCAAGAACAAAAGUUAUGGCCAGAAAUCAAUGCAAUUUUGACAAACACCCGUUCUUUGCAACAUCUUUGCCGACUGAGAAUCCGGAAAUGCUUGGGGCGCUUACGUCUACGAUGUCCUGUGUUCCUGACAUUUCUUCCACUACCAAACCGUAUGAAAGAAUAUAUACUCUAUAAGGAAUAUGAUCUCUAUGGACAAGGAAAUCUGAAAGGAAUCUACUAAUUCAGGUGCACAAGUUUGUGGUCAGAGGAUAUCCUAUAUAUUAGGCCUAUGCAAUAUCAGAUUUCUGAUAUCAGAACUGUCCCAGCAUUGGAAGUAGCAAGUCUGAUCCAAUAUUUAGAAGGCUAUAUAGGUUUGGAAUUCUCUGAUAUAGUAUCAGGGAACAUAUCAGAAAAAAUAAAUCGAGGGAAAUAGCAAAGGAAAUACAAAAUGGAGUCCACAUUCAUCAACAGCAAAAAUAUUUAUAUACUGCUUUUCAACAAACGUUUCCAAAGCAGUUUGCAUAGAGAAAUAAAAACUAGAUAAGUAAGAUGGAUCCCUGUCCCCAAAGGGCUCACAAUCUAAACAUAAAACACCAGAGACAGUCACUGGGUUGCCAAAUUCUCCACUUGAUUGCUUUUUAAAAUUAAUUAAAAAUCAAUGGAUGGGCCAAUGUAAUUGAAAUCAAACACACAGAAUCCUGCUAUUCUCUACCGUGUGCACCAAGAUUUUCUUGCCAAUUUAAAAAAUGUAUUUCUCAAUAGACUAUCAGGAUUUUUGCCUAUAGUUCCCAGAUUGCCCAUCAGCAAUCGAAUACCAAUGCUCUGAAGGGUCAAAAUACCAAAUAAAGGUAUAAAUUGGAUCAGAUAUUUAUGAUCGUGGACAUACCUACAAUAUAUUAGUAUACUCAUUGUCACUUUCUUUUUGUGGAAUUCUAAUCAUUUAAUACUAACAACACUGCUAGUUUUAAUGUGGUAUAAAACAAGCAAAAAUUCUUCUUGAUAAAACUGGAGAGCCCACUGGAGAGUAGUAAUUUAUUAAUUUAAACCUAACAGUAACAAGCAAGAUUUCCAUCUUACUUUUCCUAAAAUGUGUCAUAUAUAGAGGACACUAAGAGCCAUAAAAAGGGCGUGCUCUAUUUUGUAGCUGGGUGAUUUUUUAAAAAGCAUAAUUGUUAUGAUACUGUUGCUUUCCAGUGAGAUAUGUGGUGGUUUGUUGCUUUGGUUAAUAUUGGAAGAAAACUGAAAAAUAUCUAAUCUGCCCCUACCACAAAUGGAAGCAGAUACUAAUAGUUGGUCCUUUUGCUCUGAGGCGCUAUGCAGAACCGAAAGUACCAAUACAAGUGUCGUUUAAAAAACCAAAUACUAAUAUUUUCUGUUAAUUCCCUCUCAAUCAUACAGUUACAGAGUAUCAGUUGCUGGAUCAGAAACUAAAGAUGUUGCCUUUCUGUACUGUGUUGUUUUCAAGGAGAUAUGUAUUCAAAUGCACAGCCUCAUUCACCUAAUGGCAGAACUAGUUACAUAUAGUUUUAUUUAAAGACAAUUAGUUGGAUCAGAAAUGAUGUAAUUUAGAAUUGGUGGGGUUAAGAUGCAACAUCAUGCACAGGUAAAUUUGUGUCGGGUAUAGUUUGAAGUACUAGUCUAACUCUGAGUGAUUAAACUGAAGACUUUAGUCAUUUCAACCCUGAAAAGAUGGCCCUGAUAUUUAAAUCUAGCAAGAAGCAAAAUGAAAAUUUAGGGUUGCAAGGAGUUGGCAAGCACCUCAGUUCAUUCCACAACAUGGUAGCCUACUGGAUCCCAUUGGGCAAAAAAACAAGUGAGGACAAAAACUGUGGACGAGAACUCAGAAGCUUCAGGUUCUGCCUGGAUUAAACACCCUUUUUUAUUGUGGCCACAAGUAGAGCAAGCACAGAAACUUGAUAUAGAUCAGACGUAACAGAAGAGGAAGGAAUUGUUUGCAUAGAUACCACCUACCUCUAGAUACCCCUGCUAACUGGGCAAAGAGGCACCUUUUACCGUGGUGAUUCUCUUUAUUUAGCAGGGGGAGAGUAACUGGCCCUAUCCUCCCCCAGCACAGUACUUCCAGUGACUGUUGCUGGUGUGUGUCUGAUGUUUCUUUUUAGAAUGUGAGCCCUUUGGGGACAGGGAGCCAUAUUAUUAUUAUUAUUAUUAUUAUUAUUAUUAUUAUUCCCUAUAAAUUUUCAUCCUGCAGCCUCCUAGAUACAAGAAAUAGGAGAAAAGGCCAGAGAGAACGUACCAAGGCCUUUAGGGGAUCAAAAAGCUGCCCAGCCCUCAAGGACAUAUUUCUAAAGUAAAAAUAUAUUUUUGGAGGGAGGAGGCUACCUCUCUCCCUCUGCUCAGCAACAUACUAGGCUGAAGAUCUGUUGCAGUUUUCCACGGACAAAGCUCCUGUUACAUGUUUCUAAUACUACUCAGAAUGUUAGCCAGUCUUUCUAUGUCCAGUAAGAUUACUGAUUUUAAAUAAAUUUGGAUUCCCUUUA